GUUGACGCACGUAGUGGGCUCUCAUCUACCGAAGCAAAACGUCGUCAAAUCAAACUGGGCUUUAAUGAAUUCAAAAGUGAUCCACCAGAUCCGCUCUGGAAGAAAUAUCUAAAGCAGUUCAUGGAGCCCAUGAUAGGCCUUCUUCUUGUUUCGGCAGGAGUAAGCGUCUUGAUGGGACAGUUUGACGAUGCUGUCAGCAUUUCCAUGGCAAUUUUGAUUGUAGUGACCGUUGGUUUUAUACAAGGGCAUAGGUCAGAAAAGGCUGUCGAAUCGCUUAAGAAACUUAUGCCUCCAAACAUGCGCGAUGGCACACUAAGCCAGAUACUAGCGCAGGACUUGGUCCCUGGUGAUAUUGUUUAUCUCUCCGUCGGCGACCGGGUGCCAGCUGACCUACGUCUCAUUGAAGCCACAGAUUUUCGUAUUGAUGAGUCAAAUCUGACCGGCGAAACAAAAGCUGUGACCAAAUCCUCUCAAGUCAUAACUUCCGCCUUUCCUCCCGAGUCUCCUCUUCCAGAUCAACAGAAUUCGAACUCUAUGCUCUUUAAUGUAUUUGCAAAUAGGAUUGAAGACCGUCCUGCUGCUAAAUCCAACGACGAAACCGCAAUAACUUUUGCAGACGAUACCUCCCAAUCUACUUAUAAACAGGCGCGUGGAGCGCACUUAUUGACCAACAUUGGCUUUAUGGGGACUCUUGUCCGUUCUGGAAACGCGAUCGGCGUCGUCAUAGCAACUGGCGAAAACUCUGAGUUUGGCGAGGUUGUGCGAAUGAUGCAAUCCGAAGAGGCUCCGCGAACACCAUUACAAAAAAGUAUGGAUCGUCUAGGCAAGCAUUUGUCUAUCAUCUCCAUCACUAUCAUUGUAUGCAUCGUCCUGAUUGGCCUAAUUCAAGGUCGUCAUUUUCUGGAAUUGGUCACCAUUGGAGUCAGGUAUGUUGGCACGUUGCAUUUGUACAAACGCCGCUCACGUAUCUGCGUGUUUCAAAAAUUAUAUGCUCGUAUGCCUUGA